AUGAGAACAAUGGUUGCCCACGGACUGUAUGAUCAGCUUUCACCUCCGGACAAUGAAAAAUUGAUCUGGGAUGGUGAUCUGCGCUGGUGUUGUAGUGACACCCAGUGGGACAGCUGGCCCGGGUGUGAAGAAUUCGACUGGGUCGUUGACUACCUGGCGAACGAUAACCUCAAAAGAGACGAUAAAACAGAAGGCGAUGCUUUGCUUGUACUGAGUGCCAUGCGGGGACUAGGGAGCUCUUCCAAGCGACCUUCCUAUAUCAAGGCGCUUAUCCGUUGUAUGCACCCCACCAAACCUCCCCGAGUCCGACAUGCCGCGUUUAGAGCUGUCUUUGACGCUCGAGAGGAAUUAGCCUCUAUCACCACUGACCCGACUUGGGUGCGACAAGGCGUCGACGCAAAACUCCUGAAUCAACUUUCUUGUGCACUUUUGACUGCCGUAUGGCCAAAUCAUGACCAGACAGUUCACGGCAGUGCACCCGACGCCACUUUGCACAAGAAUCGAGACCGUCGCUACAUACAACUCAUGUUCACCCUGACAGAGCAUGACGAGUGGUGUCAACAUCUGACCCGUGAUGACCAUCUCGGGCGCUGCAUUUCUUUGGUUGACGAAGCCUGUAAUAGAAAUUGGAAUGUCAUGCACUACCUUCCUGUGAUCUUCGGUCGCAUCAAUAUCUCGCCGGGCAAGGAUUUUCCUUUCAGCCCUGCACAGGAGAACUGGCGGAAAGUCCUCCAAAAAACAUGGCAGCAGUUCAACGCUGGCGACCAGUGGUGGAAAAACGACUACGCGGAUACAAUACUAGCUCUCGUGACAACGACGAAACUGAAUUUGCGAGGCUCGGAUGAUAGUGUUCUGAGGAAGUGGUUUGCAGAACUGGCAACAGAGGUAGAUCAGGCUAUAGGAAAUCUGCAGAGUCAAGCAGACGAUGUGAACGGUGUAGCUCAGGACACAGUUAACACUGCGAUAUCCCGGGCGCAGGAAUUGCGCGAUGAUCUGAUGAAUCAUCACAAAGGGACAGCGGAUCUGUAAGCUGUAGUACUUCUUAUGUUUUACUCGUACCAAUUUUUAUCUGUUCUUGGAAUCCAGCGGCGUCGGCGACUGGCGCAUUUUCGCGCCGCUGGUAC